CUCCCCCCACAACCAGUUAGCAAGGGAACGAGAAACGGGCGAAAAUCACACUUGCCGUGUUGCUGGUGGCCGUGUUUCUUCUUCACAAUUUCCCGAUCGGUUUGCAGAACAGUUGAGUAAACACAUCGCCGCUGCGUACCCUUGAACAACGGCAGGUUGGCAACGGCGGAAGUGUUGGUCGGUUUUGAAGCAAAAUGCUUCAACAAUUUAGUGCAAAGCGACCUGUCUUCUGCGAAGAGGGUUGAUGCGAAGACACACACAGGGGUACAUGCACGUAUCCAUGACGACAAGACAACACACCACGCGCCGCCCGUAGCUCGAGUGCUUUCGUUCGUUUGUUGUGUGUUUUUGUGCUUGCUCUUAUCAAAAUCAGUGUAGUAGCGUUGAAUUCGUCAUCCGAUAAGGUGUGUGCUAAAGGUUCGGUAGAACAUCACCGCAGCAAAUGGUUGCAAAAUGUACACGAAACAGAACAAAAUCUUCUCCCAUUUUUGGCACCAAAUGGUUCCAUUUUUGGGCGGGUUGUUGAUUUUUUCAGUACAUUUUACAUGCACCGUUGAAGCGAGGCCACAGACCGUGAGCAGUAACGGGAACAAUACCAGCAAUGCACGGUUCGGUGCCCAUGAAUACGCCUACGUGUCUAGUUGGCCAAUUGUGGACCGCAAGCUUGGGUCGGUGUCGGCUGUCGCUCUGGAUGGCGAUGGCAACGUUGUCAUAUUUCAUCGCGGAUCCCACGUAUGGCAGUUGAGCUCGUUCGACACGGAAAACCGAUACCAAGAAGCAACAGGUGGUCCAAUAGCGCAGCCAACGGUACUCAAGUUUAACCGCAACACGGGCGAACUGCUGCAGCAAUGGGGUGAAAACCUGUUCUACAUGCCGCACGGACUAACGGUCGAUCAUGAGCAGAACUACUGGCUGACGGAUGUGGCACUGCACCAGGUGUUCAAGUUCGAUCUGAACCACUCGACGACGGAACCGGUGCUCACGCUCGGCACCCGGUUCGAACCCGGCAACGAUGCGUACCACUACUGUAAGCCAACGGCCGUGGCGGUGCUGAAGAGUGGCGAGUUUUUCGUCGCCGAUGGUUACUGUAACGGGCGUAUCGUGAAGUACUCGGCGGAAGGCAUACCACUGCUGUCCUGGGGGCGCAAUUCUUUCGUGCUAACCCGCUCCUUUACACUCCCAUCGGGGCAACCAGUGCCGGCGAGCUUUUUCGCCAUUCCACACGCACUGGCGCUGGUGCCGGAUCGUGAUCUGUUGUGUGUGGCCGAUCGGGAACAGGGGCGGGUGCAGUGCUUCCACACGCGCAAUGGCACGUUUCACUCGCAGUACAGCAGCCCGGAGAUCGGCAGUCGGCUGUUCAGUGUGAAGUACAUUUCGUCCGACGGUGGACUGCUGUACACGAUCAACGGUCCACAGUUCGUGCUGAACCCGGUCCCGGUCGCUGGACACAUCAUCGAGAUGGCAAGCGGUAACGUAAUAGGGCGGUUUCAACCCAACAAUCCCAAACACGCAUUUAGCAAUCCACACGAGCUGGCCGUCACGGACGAUGGGUCGGAAGUGUACGUAGCCGAGCUGAAUCCCCAGAUGGUGCACAAGUUCCGUCGAAUCUCACCAGCACGACCCACCGGCAGCACCACCACUACCGUGAAUCCCGCAACAAGUGUAACCCGCAACGAAGGUGAGAAUACGCCCGAGAAUGGCCGCUAUGCCGGAGCGCCCGGAAUGAACAGUGCCCUGACCGCUGGUUCGAUUGGAAUAUUCUCCAUUGUUAGCACACUGAUCGUGACCAGCCUGCUGGUGAUACUGAUGGCCCGCGUCAUUUGCUUCCGAACGGGGCAGGGAUCCUCCUCGCGCGUUGACGAAGUGCCGCUGAGAAAUAUGGGCGACGACGAGGGCUAGAGAGGACGACCGUGCACCGCACUUUUUGCUUUCCCCACAAACUUACACAAACAUUACUUACAGAACGAGAGCUGUGAUCUAGCGAACCGCAACCGACGCACACUGGACUACUUAGAUUGGACUGAACUUAGCUGUAAUUUAAUGAAUGUAUCACGCCCAGGUGCAGCUUUUUCUACUUUUACCAGUGCAGAGAGUAUUUAAUAAUAUUGAUAACAAUUGUUUAUUUAAAAUAUAUAACAAAUCGGACAAACGGGCCCGUCAGUGUCAGCUAAA